AUGGCUCCGAGAAACCGUGGUGGUAGACCAACGCUCGGGCAUGGUCUGGAUAAAGAGGUGUAUCAAAUAGUGCGCAAGAUUGCCGACGACCUCCAAUUAGAAGGGGAAAAUGGACGCUUAACUCCGUGGUUUGUCUACGAGCGGAUAAAACGGUCAAAUUCUAGUCUCAAUCGAAGAGGGAAAAAAUUGCUGGAAGAGAGUAUCGAACGGGUACUGGAGGUAGUCAAAACGGAUGCGCUUGGCCAUGAGGAAUCGGAUUCGGUUAACGGAGAUUUAGAAGGAUUGGAGGAGAAGAAUGAAAUUCUGGAUUCUAAUCGCAUGAACAAGAGUAUCGUGGGAAUGUGGGACACUCAAUCAAAGAUGCCAGUGAUGCCCAAGAAACCAGUGGAUGUGGCAGGAACUGAUUCGGCAUCGCCAGCGCCUACAGCUAUAUCAAAUAAAAGACGGCAGGCUGGCGGCGAGUCGCAUCCUAAACGAAGAAAGGGUGAAAGCAAUAUUGACAGGUCACCUCCUACUCAUGUCAACUUGGCGGAUCUAGGCGGAGUGGACGAUAUAAUUCAGGAACUUGAAGACCUUCUAGUCUUGCCUAUGACACGCCCUCAGGUCUAUUCCUCGUCGAAAGUGCAACCUCCCCGGGGGGUGUUGCUUCACGGCCCACCUGGUUGUGGCAAAACCAUGAUUGCCAAUGCCUUUGCAGCGGAGCUUGGUGUGCCGUUUAUCGCAAUAUCAGCGCCGUCGAUAGUCUCUGGUAUGUCUGGAGAAUCCGAGAAGGCAAUACGGGAACAUUUCGACGAGGCAAAGAAAGUUGCGCCGUGCCUCAUAUUCAUUGACGAAAUCGACGCGAUCACCCCUAAACGCGAGAGUGCUCAGAGGGAAAUGGAAAAACGUAUCGUUGCCCAAUUACUUACUUGCAUGGAUGAUUUGGCUUUGGAAAAAACGGAUGGAAAACCUGUGAUUGUAUUGGCAGCUACGAAUCGACCAGAUAGCUUGGAUGCUGCGCUACGGCGAGCUCCUGGCAAAAGAACCCCCGGAUUUGUCGGUGCUGAUCUGAACGACCUCGUCUCACCGCUGAUCGCGGCCAUAAAACGAUAUAUUGAACUCCUGAAAUCACAUACAGGCGAUGAAAUGGACAUAGGAGACACUGCAAAUGAAGAUGAUGGUAACCGCAAUAGCAUUAUAAGCCCCAAAAUCCUCGAACUCCGCCGCCUCAUCAAACACGCCCGCGAAACCCCUCUCGACUCCGAAGCCCAAACAGUCUCAGUCUCCAACACAGAUUUCUUCACCGCCCUACCUAAAAUCCAACCAUCCUCUAAGCGCGAAGGUUUCGCCACCAUCCCAGACACAACAUGGGCAGACAUCGGCGCCCUAUCCGGCGUCCGUGACGAACUCGCCACAGCAAUAGUCGAACCCAUCCGCAACCCAGACAUAUACGCCCGCGUCGGCAUCACUGCCCCAACAGGAGUUUUGCUCUGGGGUCCUCCAGGCUGCGGAAAGACACUCCUCGCCAAAGCAGUCGCCAACGAGUCUCGCGCCAACUUCAUCAGCGUCAAGGGCCCGGAGCUGCUGAAUAAAUACGUUGGCGAAUCCGAACGCGCCGUCCGGCAGGUCUUUGUGCGCGCCCGCUCCUCAGUCCCCUGCGUCAUUUUCUUUGAUGAACUGGACGCCCUUGUCCCCCGCCGCGAUGAUACGCUCUCUGAAGCUUCCGCGCGUGUCGUCAAUACCCUUCUCACCGAGCUGGAUGGGCUGGGUAGCGCGCGGCAGGGUAUAUAUGUCAUCGCUGCCACAAAUCGGCCGGAUAUUAUCGAUCCGGCUAUGCUGCGGCCGGGCAGGCUGGAGACCUUGUUGUUUGUAAAUCUGCCUAGUGCUGAUGAGCGGGUGGAGAUUCUGCAGACGCUGCUGCGGAAAUUGCCGAUUGAGUUCUCGGAUAAUAUUGAAGGGUUGGCGAGGUCGUGUGAAGGGUUUAGCGGUGCUGAUCUGGGAUCGUUGUUGCGUCGGGCUGGCUAUUCUGCCAUAAAACGGCGGGAUACGAUACGUUUCGAGGACUUCGUAGCGGCGAAAGCGGGCAUUAGGCCAAGUGUGUCGGAUUUGAGGAAGUAUGAGAAGUUGAGGAGGGAUUGGGGAGGUGGGAGUGUUAUCUAG